UGUCAACACAAAACAGCUGACGGAGGACGGCUGUGUUGUUAUAGCGACCAUUUACUCUUAUUUGUGAUUUUUAUCCUCUUCACCAUGGACAGUAAGGAUAAAGAUCAUAUCCUGAGCUUAAAGGUAAUGCGUCUCACUAGACCUUCCCUGUUCACGGGAUUAGCCAUUGGAUCUGAUGCCCGAGACUUACCUGGGGACUACCUCAAUGCAGACAUCCGCUCAGACAUUGCCAUUCCUCAGGGCAUUCCAAAUACAGGAGUGGGACACAUGCUUCUUCUGCCUCAGAGCUUUGGAAAUAUAUACUUGGGUGAAACUUUUUCCUGCUGUCUGUGUGUUCACAAUGAUGGGAAUGAAGUUAUUCGAGAAGUUUCAAUUAAGGCUGUGCUUCAAAUGAGCAAUCAGAGAGUGCCUCUUCUGGGUGAGGAGGAGAAUGAAUCACUACAUCAGUUGGAUGGUAAUGCCACAAUAAAUGAGGUUAUACAACAUGAAGUUAAAGACAUUGGCACGCACAUCUUGGUCUGUGCGGUGAGCUACCUUUCACCAGCAGGAGAUCGUCUUAGCUUCCGUAAGUUCUUCAAAUUCCAAGUCAUGAAACCUCUUGAUGUGAAGACAAAAUUCUACAAUGCUGAGUCAGAUGAAGUGUACCUGGAGGCUGGAGUGCAGAACAUCACCUCUGGGCCUCUUUGCUUGGAGAGGGUCGAGCUAGAACCUUCGCCCUUCUUCUCAGUUACUCCAAUGAACACCUUGGCCCAGGAAUCCAAUUCACUGGUUUUUGGCCGCAUGAAUGUUGUCAAUCCUCAUGACACAAGACAGUACCUUUAUUGCCUAAAGCCGAAGCCAGAAGCGCGCAUGAAUCUGUCUUUGUUGCGGCAAGCUACAGCCAUAGGCAAGCUUGACAUUGUAUGGCGAACUAACAUGGGUGACCGCGGUAGGCUGCAAACAAGCCAGCUUCAGAGAAUGGCACCACAAUAUGGGGAUGUGAGAGUUACAGUAGAAAAGAUACCAAAUGUUGUGCAGUUGGAAGAGCAAUUUUCUGUGGGCCUGUCUAUCACAAAUAUAUGUGAAAGGAACCUAGAACUGCACUUGGACUUCCUGAGUGGUGGCGGUGGCUCAGAAUGGAAUGGGGUUAGUAGCCGGAGCCUGCCACAGCUUCAACCUGGAGAGUCAACUUCACUCUCGCUUUCUCUUGUUCCUCUACAUACAGGAUUACAGACAAUCGCUGGGGUUCGUUUGACGGACACCUUUCUCAAACGGACAUAUGACUACGAGAACCUUGCUCAGGUGUUCGUGACCAAUGAGAAGACAAAAGAAAAGGAAGAUUUCUUCUCUGCUUGGAUAAACCAACCUGUUUAAGUCCAUUCAUUGAACUUGGAAGUUGAGAGUAGAGCAUUAAAACAAAUGUAUAUAUGUGUACAUGGCUUGCUGUUAUGAGAAAGUUUGAGUGGAAAAAUCUGAUUUAUUACAUAGAAUGAGGUUUGAAAAUUGCAAUGUCUCUCGUGUAUUUUCCAUUUCUGUGUUGACAUUCCAGAUAUGAAUGUUUGUUCAUCUUCAUAUUAUCAUAAAGUCUGUGCUGUAGAAAGCAAGGUCUUGUUACAAAAUUAGCCUUUGUAUAAGAUAUUACUCAUUGUAAUGUAACUGCUCUUCUCUGUAUGUAAUCCUGAAGUUAUUUGGAAUAUUUGUUUGAGUAUUUAUUAUUAUGAGAUAUAUUUGUGCAGUUUUAUUGUUUUAUAUGAAUUAGUAUGGAAUACAUAAAUAUCAAGACAUUUUGUUCAGACUGUCUUGUAUAAAAUAAUAUGUUGCA